AUGGAGACAAAUAGAAAGCAGAUCGUUGGAAAUACGCAUCUAUCUUCGGCAUUGAUUAUUGUUUGUCUUUCGGAUUGGUUUUUAAAAUUAUUUCUCGUAUUAAUUAGAACAGAUUUUUUCAUUAUUAUUUACUAUUUUGCAUAUAUUUUUAAUUUAUGGAAAGCAAAUAAAAUAAUAACAAUAUUUAUUAUGAUUAUUUGUUUAAUUGGAAUACCAAAAUUUAUAUUUUCAGUUCGAAAAAUUUUUCAUAUGAUAAAACAAUUUUUAAAAUCAAUAAUAAAAAAACCAAUUGUUAUUAAUGUACCGGUUUUUAUUUAUUUAUUGGUAAUUAUUUUAAAACUUUGGUUAGUUAUAUUAAAAUUUACUGGUAAGAAAAAUCGAAAACAACUUUCAUCCGAAAUAUUAAACAAAAACAGUUUUCCGAAAGAAAUACAAAACAAUUUGUUUUCGCAUCCUUAUUCUACAUUAAUAACUAUGAUUCUUCUCCUAUUUGGUAUCUAUUCAAUUAUUAAAAAUGAUCGAAUUACUCAAAUGUCAAAGAAAGUUUUUCUCACUGUUGCAAAAAAAAUGAAAAUUUUUGGAAAAUAUUUUUCUAUUACAAUACCAACACCAUUAUCAUUCUUAAUUUUAUUAUUUAUUAAUAUACUAUUUCAAUUAAUCUCCACUAUAAACAUCAAUGUUACAAAUUUAUUUACUAGUCCGUUACUCAUACUCUAUAUUAUUAUAGGUCUAGGAUUAUAUGUAUGUUAUCAAUAUCUUAUGCCAACAUCAAAAUUUGAUUUGAACUUGACAGGUAAUAUUUAUUUAAACGAUGUAUCAAAGUUAAAUGAAACAGAAAUAUAUUCUUUGUUUUAUCCGCGAACAAUCAAUGACAUUGAAUAUUUAAUAUCGAAAGCUAAAUCUCAAGGUAAAACAAUAUCUAUGCGUGGACAAGCUCAUACAAUGGGUGGGCAAACAUUACCAUCACGAAGAAAUAAAAAUAAGAACUAUGUUUGUGAUUUAAAAUAUAUGCAUCAUGUUGAAUAUAAUGGAUCAACACAAGAAGUUUUAGUCGAGGCUGGUGCAACAUGGACUCAAGUUAUUCAUAAACUGAAUUUAUAUGGUCGAUCUCCGGUUAUUAUGCAAAGUUAUUGUACGUUUAGUGUUGCUGGAACAAUAUCAGUUAAUGCACAUGGAAUUACUUCGGAUGAUGCUAUGAUUGAAUCUGUUAUCAGUAUUGAAUAUAUUGAUAUGAAUGGUAAAAGAGGUGAAUGUAGCCGUCAAAAACAAGCAGAAUUAUUUUCAUUACUUAUCGGAGGCUACGGUCUCUUCGGUAUAAUUACUCGAUUAAGAUUAAAAACUGUAGCAAAUGUUAAAACUUCAUUGGAAUAUAUUCGCUUACAAUCCGAUCAAUUUUCUAAAUAUUACGAAGAAUUUCUUCAUGAUUCAACAAUUGAAAUAAAAAUUGCUCGCGUUGAUCUUGUUCGUCCGAACAAUAUUUUAUUGUUUAUAUUUCGUCAAGAAUCAGGAACAUUUGGUACUGUUGCUAAUUUAAGUGACGAAGCAAGAGUCAUGAAUGCACGACAACAUUUGAUUUAUACAUAUGUUGCUCAAUAUAGUGCAUUCGCUCGUUUACGCUUUGCGUUAGAAAAAAUGUUUGCUCGUCCACUUGAUUUAACUUAUUCGAGUGAUCGUAACGUAACUAUGUACGAAUCAGCUAAACCUAUGGCACUUUUAUAUCAACCAUUAACUUAUUAUGAUGAUACAUUUGUAUUACAAGAAUAUUUUAUACCAGAACAAAACUUUCAACAAUGGUAUGAAAAACUAAAAGAUAUUCUUAAACGCAAAUAUGAAUAUGUUUACUUGUUAAAUUUAACAAUACGUUUUGUAAAAAGAGAUCAAUUAACAUUUCUUUCCUAUACAAAACGACAUGAUUCAUAUGCAUUUGUUUUUUAUUUUCGUAUCAAACGAAAUGAACUUGGUGAUAAUGAAGUAAAAAGUAUUCAUCAAACAUUGAUUCAAUUGGCUUUUCAAUGUCAAGGAACAUUCUAUCUUCCCUAUCGGCAACAUUAUACGUAUCAGCAAAUUCUUCAAGCGUAUCCAAUGUUUGAAGAAUUUCUUGAGAAAAAAACUUCAUAUGAUUCAAUUGGAUUAUUUUCAAACGAUUGGUAUGAAUAUUAUCGACCGAAAAGUACUGUUUCAAUUAUGGUAAAUCAAAUUAAUGAAGUUGAAUUAAUAACAAAUAAAUUUAGCAUUGUUGAACAACGUCGAACGAACUCAUUUCAUAAGGUUAUUUCUAAUGAGUAUUUAAGAGAAAAAUUCAGAAAAUUUCUUCAAACAGUUUUCAAUGUUGAACCUGUUCAUGUCAUUUUUAAUUAUGUCAAUCGAGCUGUUAGAAAUCCAAAUAACAGAAAUGAUGAUGAUAUCUAUUUGGAAGUGCAAAAUGCUUUAAAAACAAGACAAUUUGCUUUGAUACGAAAAAUAUUUGCAACACUUAAACAAUUUCGACAACUGAGAUGUCAAAUUAACGAUAUGUUAAGACAACAAAUUACAAUUUUCAAACAUUUAGGAUAUUGUGGAAAGAUUCGGGAUAUAGUCAGUAUUGGCGAUGGUGGUCGAUGUAUUAAUGAACUACGUCAAAUAUUAAAAAUAAAAGAUGGUCUUGUUUACAUUGUUAAUGAUCGUCAACGUUGGACGGAUAUCAUCGAACGGAGAACAUUAUUUCCUAUUGGCAGAUUUGUUCCUUGUAAUUUUUCAAAUCUAACCGAUGUUCCCAUUCCUAGCGAUUCGACUGAUCUUGUUGUUUGUUAUAUGGGUUUGCAUCAUUUACCACAGAAUCAACUUGAUAUAUUUUUAAAAGUGAUCUAUCGAAUUCUUCGUCCGAACGGUUUAUUUCUAUUUCGUGAACAUCAUGCAAAAGAAGAACUUAAACCAUUGUUAGACGUUGCUCAUAUGGUAUUUAAUGCCGUUACUGGUGUUGAUUGUGAAUCAGAGAGAAAAGAAAUACGAGCAUUUCGUACUAUUGAACAAUGGCGUUCUUGUGUGCGACAAACAGGCUUUCAAGAUACUUUUAUUUACGAUGAACAAGAAGAUGAUCCAACUGAUGACAUAAUGUUGACUUUUAGAAAACCCGAAACAGAAUGUAUCAAUACGAACGAUACGAAUGAGAUAAUUUCGAAUAAAACCUACACAAAAGUGUCUGCUUAUUUUGAAUCAAAUUAUUUUCGUCCCUGUGAAUGGUUAGUUGUUCGUAUACUCAUGGCAUUUGGAGCAUAUUUAAAUCAUACACCUUUUUAUUAUUUUCCUUUUAUGAAAUAUAUUUCAAUUUAUUGGUCAUUAAGUCUUACGGAAGCUGACUUUGCUAUAAGAAAAUAUGGCAUAAUAGCAGCACUAUUUAUAUCCCCUGCAUUUUUAAUGAGUAUUACUGUUGGUACGUUUUUAACUGUAGCAUUUUUGCAAUUAGAAUUUGUUUCAGCUAUUAUUCGAGCUAUACCUGCUGCUCAAUAUAAAGAUGAAUAUGAACAAUUAAUUAUUGAAAAAGUUGAUGAUCAUCAUGAAGAAUUUAAUUUUAAAGAAUCUAUUGAUGAAAGAAUUAAUGAUAUACAAAUGUUAAAAGAAAAUCAUCUAUAUGCUAUACAAGUACCAAGACAUCAUACAUUUACAUCGAUAUUAAAAAAAUUUGCUUUACAUUCAAUAAAAUUUAAUCUCAUAUCGAUAUCACAACAAAAUGAACAAAUUCAACUUGAAUUAGCAGUUAAUAAUAAUAAUGAGGAACGUCUAGUAUGGGUAAAGCAACGAUCAAAUAUGGAUAUUAUAUAUGAAUUUAAGAAUCCAGUGGAUCCAAAUCAAACACAUAUUAUUUUACGUGUUAAAAUAAGGAAUCUGUUUUCUUUUAUACGUGAAUGUACUCGAUUUGAAGCUGAUAAUUCAUUAACAAUCAUUCAAAUUUAUGAUCAUUUCUAUUAUUAA